AUGGAGGAAAUGACUGCUCUCUAUGAUUAUGAGAGCAUGGAUGACCUGAAACAUAAGCUAUUGUACACAAAUCUUGAACUGCAGAAAAUGAAAAUGAAGGCAAAUGUGACACUGCGUGAACAUAAGGAUACUGUACAGCAUUUGCUGCGUGAACAUAAGGAUACUGUGCAGCAUUUGCUCAAUCAAUUAGCAAAUGCUUACAAGGAAAGAGAUGGAGCAAGAGAUCAGCUACAAAAAUUGAUUCACAAGUCAAUGUCUUCUAGAACAGCUGGUCAGAUUCUUUCUCAAGUCCAACCUGAAAGCCCCAUCUUAAACAUGCCUCCGAAAGCAAACCUCUGCAAAUCGGAAUCCAAUUCUGAAGCAUACAACCACCUGUCAUAUUGUUCAUCUUCUGUGGACUCCUUCUUUGAUGCUGCUUCAUCUCCUGAUUUCCCAAACAAGAACUUGGCAGGACCGAGCAAUAUGGGGUCAUUGAAUCAGCCUUUUGUUCAUGAACAGCACAUUGGGUCAAAAUUCACUGGAUUAGGCUCUUCAGGAGUGCUGAACAAUGUUGAGAAUGAUAGGGCCAUUGCAGUGAUUGAUUAUCUUGCUCAAGGAAAGGUGCUGCCUCAGAAUGGAAAACUCUCCCAAGCUGUGAUGGAUGCUGGUCCCCUACUUCAAUCUCUUCUCAUAACAGGACCACUUCCUAGGUGGCGAAAUCCUCCUCCCCAUCAGAGACCUACCAAUAUUUUACCAGAUUCUACUAAAGGAGACGUGACUGCAUAUGCUAAUCAUCAGAAACCAGAUGCAAAUCCAAUUUCUUCUGUUUUGAGGGCAUCAAAUUCAUCAUCAUCAAAUAAUAUGAGUCAUCUAUUGCAGUUCAUGUCAAAUUCUACAGCAGCUCCUUCAUGUUCAGGAUUCAGCAACCCGCGGAUGUUAACUUCAUCAGCCAACGCACACUCUCAGAACCCACUUCCCAAGCGACAGAAGUUGAUGUAG